GGCCCUGCAGCUGCUGCUUUCUGGCAGAAACCCCGUAGUGUAGCACCGCAGCGCCAUUCGGUAACUGCAACAGUAUCCAAAAUGGCAGGAGCUGAUGGAGACGAUUCUCUUUACCCUAUCGCCGUUCUCAUUGAUGAACUGCGAAAUGAGGACGUUCAGUUGCGUCUGAACAGCAUCAAGAAGCUGUCCACUAUUGCUCUGGCCCUGGGUGUAGAGAGGACCCGAACUGAACUCCUCCCUUUCCUCACAGACACCAUCUAUGAUGAAGAUGAGGUGCUUUUGGCAUUGGCUGAACAGCUUGGCAAUUUCACUAUGCUGGUGGGAGGUCCAGAGUAUGUCCACUGUCUUCUGCCUCCUCUGGAGAGUCUAGCUACAGUGGAAGAGACAGUAGUCAGAGACAAAGCUGUGGAGUCCCUGCGAAAGAUCUCUCAGGAGCACUCUCCAGUUGACCUGGAGGUCCACUUUGAGCCUUUGGUGAAGCGGUUGGCCAGUGGUGACUGGUUCACUUCUCGCACAUCUGCCUGUGGCCUCUUUAGCGUCUGUUAUCCUCGUGUUUCCAGCACCGUCAAGGCUGAGAUUCGCCAGCAUUUUCGCACCUUGUGCUCAGAUGACACUCCUAUGGUGCGUCGUGCUGCAGCAUCCAAACUGGGGGAAUUUGCCAAAGUCUUGGAGCUGGAGUAUGUAAAAAGUGACAUAAUUUCCCUUUUCACUGCCCUGGCCUCUGAUGAGCAGGACUCAGUGCGGCUGCUUGCAGUGGAGGCUUGUGUCAGUAUUGCCACUCUGCUGCCUCAGGAGGAUCUGGAGACUCUGGUGAUGCCAACCCUACGUCAGGCUGCAGAAGAUAAGUCCUGGAGGGUCCGUUACAUGGUUGCUGACAAGUUCUCUGAGCUCCAGAAAGCAGUGGGCCCAGAGAUCACAAAGAACGACCUGGUCCCAGCUUUCCAGAAUCUUCUGAAGGACUGUGAAGCUGAGGUCCGUGCGGCUGCAGCCAACAAAGUCAAAGAAUUCUGCGAGAACCUUCCAGAGGACAAUCGUGAGCAGAUCAUCAUGACUCACAUCUUGCCUUGCGUCAAGGAACUUGUUUCAGACACCAACCAGCAUGUGAAAUCGGCUCUGGCCUCAGUCAUUAUGGGACUUUCAACCAUCCUGGGCAAGGACAACACAAUAGAGCACUUACUGCCUCUAUUUCUGGCUCAGCUCAAGGACGAGUGCCCUGAGGUGCGUCUGAACAUCAUCUCCAACCUUGACUGUGUGAACGAGGUGAUUGGCAUACGACAGCUCUCUCAGUCACUGCUGCCGGCCAUUGUGGAGUUGGCAGAAGAUGCAAAGUGGAGGGUUCGCCUUGCCAUCAUAGAGUACAUGCCCUUGCUGGCAGGACAGCUGGGAGUCGAGUUCUUUGAUGAGAAGCUCAAUACCCUUUGUAUGGCCUGGCUUAUUGACCAUGUGUAUGCCAUCCGUGAGGCAGCGACCUGUAACCUAAUGAAGCUCGUGGAGAAGUUUGGAGCAGAGUGGGCCCAGAACACCAUCGUGCCCAAAGUGCUGGGUAUGGCCAACGAUCCCAAUUACCUCCACAGGAUGACCACUCUGUUCUGCAUCAAUGCUUUGUCAAAGGCAUGUGGCCAGGAGAUCACCACUAAGCAGAUGCUGCCUGUGGUCCUCAAGAUGUCCAAUGACCAAGUGGCCAACGUCCGCUUCAAUGUGGCGAAAUCCCUUCAGAAGAUUGGCCCUAUCCUCGACAGCAAUGCCCUUCAAACAGAAGUGAAGCCAGUGCUGGAGAAGCUGGCUUCAGACACAGACAUGGAUGUUAAAUACUUUGCCCAGGAGGCCAUUAGUGUUCUGGCGCUAGCAUAACCGGCCAGCCCGACACGGGUUAACCAGAUACCCACCUGAGUCAAGGCAACACUUUUACAAGAUAUUUAUUGAUGUUCAGGAUCAACUGGUUAAUGUAUAGAGAAAGCUGUCAACAGUUUUAUUUUUUGUUUCUUUUUCCCUAUGUUUAUUCCUGUUUUUUUUCUUCUUCUUUUUUUUUUACUGUCCAAUGGGUGUCCAUGUCCAGGCAUAGCACAUAGGCUUAUUUGUUAACCUUUCGCUUUGCUGUAAAUGGGUGCUUCUACAAAGGCAAAGUGUUGAUGAAACUGAAAUAAGUGGUGCAUGCAUGUGCUACUGUACUCGCUAGUCAUUGCUAACCAGUACCCCCCUCACAUUCCUCCCUUUUUACGCCCUUGGCCGCUGUUGUACUUGAGCUGCAGUCGUCACACCGCACCACGUCUCUGUUAGCUACCUAGGACUGUGCUAACUCUUUGUGCUGCAGCACUUUUUCUCCCAGUGUUAGAUGAAAACUUUUAGCAGCAGAUGGUGCAACAAGCUGUUAAUUUUUUUCCCUGAGCUUCGUCUUGAAACAGCCCCCUUUUCCCAUAGAUGCAGCUCUACAGAGAAGUAGAAAUUGAAAGGUCUUUCAAGGUGUUAUGAAAUAUGUUUCUUGUUUUUGUCACCAAAUCAAACCCCUCUCCUCUGAAAUCCU